GAUUUAGAGAAUGGGUGGUCACUGGUGAAGUGGUGGAGUGUAGUUGCAAUGAUACAAAGAAUCUAAAACUAAAAACAACGUAGCCUCGAGAAACUAGAAACACAGAGAGGAGUGUGGAGAUGAUAUUGGGUAAGAGACACCGACCUCCGAUCAAGAGAACCACCAGCAUGACAGAAUUCACCUUGGAUCUCAACGGCCCCGCCGCCGUUGGAGGUGGCCAUGACAACCCUCAACCACCGCAUGAUCCUAACAACCCCUUCAACACGAACACACCAAGUGGUAGUCUUGAUCAUCGGUUCUUGACUGCCUCCAAUAUUUCUCCGAGGAACCACCGCCGGAAUUCACUUGACCAUAUGGAAACGGCUCAUUUCUUGACAGUUUGUCACCUCUGUAACCGCCGGUUGAUCCCCGGCCGUGAUAUCUUCAUGUACAGAGGCGACAGUGCAUUUUGUAGUUUGGAGUGCAGACAGCAACAAAUGAUUCAAGAUGCAAAGAAACCAGUUGCUCUCAGUUCUGAAUAAUAAUAUUCAUCAAAUGAUUCGAAUAUACGAAGCAUUAAUUAUUCUAUUUUAAUAUUUUAUGGGGUUUGGAAAUUCAACCAAUGUCCAUAUGAUUGAGUAUGAUGCAGAUAUGUACAUACAUAUCUAUGUAUAUUUAAUUAUUUAUGUAUGUACGUACGUAUGUAGAGG